GGAAAUUCUGUGUAUAGAAAUAGAUUAAUUGCCUUCCCUCUGUUGUUGAGUUUGCUCAGUCUUCGCCUAAAAGCAAAGAUGGAAGUUAUGAUAUGCCUGAAUGAAUGUGCGGUCUUCACAAGUAAUGACCAGACGACUACUUACAUCGCUAAAAGAUUUAGAAAGAAAAUAUCAGCACCAUUGGGUCUCUGGCGUCAGUAUGUUCAAAGAGAGAGAUGGUAACAUUUUGCUAGUGUUAGGGUACACCUGAGUGAGUUAAAGCUUCUCUAGCCUCCAUCCACCCAUGGCUCCACACCCCAAGUACACAAGAUGAGUGAUGAAGAAGAAGAGUAACACUUUAACACACCAACACAGGAACAUUUUCUGUCUAGAGAAACGAGUUAUCAGUGUGGUGCGUUUGUGUUCAGUCUCACUUUCUCCUAUCGUAGGAUGCGUAUUUGCUUGAAUUGUUGUUUUGCAUAUGUUCUUUCUUGACUCAGUUGAUGUUUAGGUUCAUUGCUCCAUGUUUGUUGUCUUCUAAUUAAUGCAACUAUAGGGCCCAAUUUUAAUAUGGAUGGAAGGGCCCUACCCUUGUUUAUAUGCUCUCGGGCCAUAACUCACACACGCAAAGGUCGUCUUUACAACACACGUUGCAGUUUGAAGUUUCAACGCUCCUUCACACGCCUCCUCGAUCAACAGGCAUCUUCCUUGUUGCUCGGAGAUUCGAAAGGUUUCAUUUUUCAGCUCCAGGUUGAUCAUCUGAGCUGAGGGCUGACUAAGGCGGGUUUUCAAAUCUCUCUCGCUUCCUUCAUCAUUCACUUUUAGUUCCUAACAUUAUGUGAUUUUGAUAUGUUGUGUCCACAACAUGUUCGACGAAAUGCGUGUGUGAAAACUUACUAUAUUGGAUACCAUGAAAAUUUUCAGGGCAAUGGAGAAAAGAGACGAGGAUCUGAAGAAGGCUCAGAUGCUGGACGCUCGAGCCAGAAACAUCAGCCACAACGUUCGCUGCACUGAGUGUGGGAGUCAGUCCAUUGAAGACUCACAGGCAGAUGUUGCUAUUCUCCUUAGACAGCUGAUACGCGAUGAGAUUGGAGCUGGAAAAACCGACAAAGAGAUCUACAGUAAGCUGGAGGAUGAGUUUGGAGAGACUGUUCUUUAUGCUCCCAAAUUUGAUAUGCAGACAGCUGCAUUGUGGCUAACUCCGGUUCUGAUAGCUGGAGGUACUGCUGCAGGGUUGGUUUACAGUAAGCACAGGCAAAGGACUAAUGUGCACAUCAUGGCGUUGGAUCUUAUUAGAGGUGUUUCAUUGACUCCAAAAGAGAGAGUCACCAUUCUCGAUCUUCUUAUUCCGCCUCCCCCUCCUCCUCAGGGAGUGGCUUCCCGGCUGAGGAGAUGGCUGAAUCUCCGUUAGUUCCUCCUUAGCUCUGUUGUGCUUGAGUCAGAUAUUAUCGUCUUAGCCAAAUAAAACACUAUGUGGAAGGAAUGAGUACCACACAAUUGCCCACAAGAAUGAUAGACUUAGAUAUUGAACUAAAGUUCAUCUUGUAGUCUCAAUUUCUAAGUUUUUGUAUGUACGCAGAUCGCAAAAUAUUCCCUGUAUUUGUAUCUCUUUCUUCAGAGGUUACGAAUAAAACAAACCUUGGCUCUCUC